UGUUUCAGUUCGUAUUCGUCUAUCUGGACAUCGCAUCGGUGCAACUAUUGUCGCUCUACGGAUGGAAAAGACGCGCGCGCGAUAAAACUUUUAACAACUUACCAUUAUCAAUGAUUUAUUGUUGAUAACAAAACCAUGAAUUAAAAGGACAAUGUCUCUCUCAGUUUUUGAUAAAUGUAGAAAGUUUUCAACGUUAUAAAUUGUAGAUAUUUGUACGUAUUCACUUUCUCAAAUGAAGAAAGUUUUCGAGUUUCUUACGUACAGCGUUUGUAACUUUUUUGACUUAAGAACAACUGCAACUUAAAAAGAGCAUUAAAAAUCAGUUUGUACCAAUCAAAUUGAUAAACGAUUGUUUUACACGCCACGCGUCAUAAAUAUGGAAAAUGAAAGUUUACAUAGUGACAAUAAUUUUGUAUUAUUGACAAACGGUCCAUUUUUACGAUCAUAAUGGAAAUUGAAAAGCCCCUGGUUAAAGUGAUAAAGUGAUAAAAUUAAAAUAAUGUGACAUCUGAUAUGAUUUCAAUUCCAGCGUCUGAAGAGACAGUCGCCUCGGGUUUUAAUUCCACUUCGAUAAUCGAAAUAAGUUUGAACUCGUCUUUUAAUUACAGUUAUGCACCAUUCCUUGAAGAAAAUGGAACGGCAAAUUCUUCAAAAGACAUGUUUUCGAACCUCACCGAAUCAUCGAACAGUGUUGUGUUUCCGGCUUACAUUCGUAUCACUUCGAUGAUCUUUUGUGUUAUAAUUAUGUGCCUGGGAGUGAUCGGAAAUAUCAUGGUGCCAGUGGUUAUUUUCAAAACAAAAGACAUGCGGAACAGUACGAAUAUUUUUUUAGUGAACUUAAGCAUCGCCGACUUGAUGGUGCUUCUCGUUUGUACACCUACUGUUUUGGUGGAAGUCAAUUCGAAACCAGAAACGUGGGUUUUAGGAGAAGAAAUGUGUAAGUGA